CAUCUAACGGGCGAUUAUCUUGAUCCGGUAGGCCUCGCCGCUCGCCUUAACUGGACCCGGGAGCGAGCGAAAGGCAUCAAUUGAACGGUUUGUGGCGUGCCGUAAACAACAAGUGUCGAUUGUCAGCCACCCCGACAGUCCUCUCGAUUCUCUCUCCAUACCUCCCUCUCGUCAUACAAGUGUUCGCAUUUCCAUUGUGUGCCGGUGAAACUAAAAGUCAAUUAGUGUAGUUUCCGAAGAUUGUUGCUCCUUUCCUUGGGACGCGAACAAGAAACCCGUUCAUGCGUUCGUGCGUGCGUGUGUGUGUGUGUGUGUGUCAAUUAUCGAAUCCUUUGCUUCCUCGCUUUAUGAGCCGACUCUUGUGUGACUUUUGUGUGUGUAAUUAAUACGAGCACUUCACCAGCCUCUGGCAGAGGCUUCGGUUACGGUUGGAGGAACAAAGUUUUCCACCCUCCUUUCCGACACAAAAGACGUUUACACGUUUUGGUCUGCGAAGACGCACACCAUUAUUCGCUCAUUAUCCUUCCGAGAAAAAGGGGUUGCGAGAAACAGGAUUUCCCUCCAGAAAAGUGCAUCCAAGACAUAGUGGUGUGUGUGUGAGCCGACAAAGCUGAAGCAAUGUUGCGGCACAGCCAACGAGCACGCAAACGCAACCAAGUGGCCGGCCUGCCGGGCAUUGCGGGCAUCCUGUUGAUCGUCGUAGGAUUAGUGGGAAAACUUUGCACCGCAAAUGCGGCCACCACCGUCCACUACCAGCGACAUGCUGCACCACCAGCCAAAUCGACGGCCACGCCCGCCCAACAGUACUUCGAUGCCGUUGCACCGGAAGAUCGAGAAAACUUCAUAAAAUACCAUCUGGACAGGGCACUGGAGGAGCGUUUGCCCCGGCACACGAGCAGCAUACCGAAGGACUUUGAGUUCGUUGCCUUCCAGCCCAGCGUAAGUGAAAAUCAUCUGGAGCUGGUGGAAGAACCGAACAGCACGAAGCUAUUAUCACCCGCUGCUGCCGUUGUCGUCACUGGCCCAUCGUUCAUUAGAUAUUCGAUCGUUUGCUACCGGUCCGGAUGCAUCGACACGAGUGACAUCGGUAACAUCUGCUGCCCUUUCUGAGUGGACACUCACACUCCCUUUCAGCUGGGCGGUCAGACAUGAUGCCAAAAAUAACAUUCCAGCAAGCUAACCUACCCAUCGAUUCUCAUAAAUGCACAUGGCAAACGAUGCCCCGCUUUGCAUCAUACAUACUGCUUCAUGCUUCCGGUGGUAGCUGCAUUGCCGCUGUAAAUCCCAGCAAUAUCUCUAAACAGAACCUUUGUGCACCUUUUCCCCACCCGCACGCUGCGGCAGGACGCGGCCGAGCCGGAACAUUUUUCCCUCAACCUGUUGGACCACUUUAUGAUCGCUUACGGUCUGUCGGAGCUGGAUGUGUACGCGUUUGUGGCGCUGAAUGUGAUCUGCUUCCCUUCCGGCUGGUGCUUCGACCCGGACGAUGUCGGUAACAUUUGCUGUCCCUUCUAGAGCUUCGGCAGCCUGGGCGUGUAAAUAGGACCUUGCAAGUGAAGCAGCGUAAAGUAAACAUAGACACACACACGGAUAUGUAUAAAACAAAUACACACACACAUGCUGAGCCCUUUAAGGAAAGCAGUCCAAAAAGGGCAGCAACAUGGGCGAGAUACAGCAAACCACAUGUUGACAAAAUUAACAUCAAUAAAACCAGAGCAAAUUGCUAAAUCAAUUAAGCCACCCCAACGAACCGGGGGAAGGAGUCCCCCGUUUUGGGGGCACUUUAUUUUA